AAUGAAGGCACCAAAUAUUUAACGUUUUUUAGACAGCUAAUCAAGGCACCAAAUAUUUAGUCAAAUCUUCUCUCUCCAAUGUGGGCAAUAUAUAUAAAUGGCACAUCCCAACAUUACAUUCAUUCACCAACUACAUCACAAAAGAUCCCAAGAGAGAGAAACUCCUUCCAUUGCAAUGGCCAAAGUCUACAUAGUUUACUAUUCCACAUACGGCCACGUCGAGAAGCUGGCACACGAGAUCAAGAAAGGGGCCGAAUCCGUCCAAGGAGUGGAGGCCAAAUUGUGGCAGGUGCCGGAGACUCUUCCAGACGAGGUUCUUGCGAAGAUGGGAGCCCCGGGAAGGAGUGAUGUGGCCGUGAUCACCCCGAACGAGUUGACUGAGGCCGAUGGCAUUAUAUUUGGCUUCCCUACUAGGUUUGGGAUGAUGGCUGCUCAAUUCAAGGCGUUCUUCGAUGCAACCGGUGGCCUGUGGAAGACCCAGGCUCUGGCGGGCAAGCCUGCUGGGAUCUUCUACAGCACCGGGUCUCAGGGAGGUGGACAGGAGACUACAGCAUUGACAGCGGUUACACAGCUCACUCAUCAUGGGAUGAUAUUCGUGCCGAUUGGCUAUACGUUUGGUGGUGGCAUGUUUGAGAUGGAGAAUAUUAAGGGUGGCAGCCCUUACGGUGCGGGAACAUACGCCGGAGAUGGCACGAGACAGCCUUCAGCAAUCGAGCUCGAACAAGCUUUCCAUCAAGGGAAACACUUUGCAGGCAUUACAAAGAAGCUCAAACAAACUGCCUAAAAUCACCAUGUCAUAUUGCAUUUUCUAGAAUUUAUUUGUAUUUCAUCAAAUUUCUGUUUUGAAUGACAGAUUCCGCUAUUUUGAGGUUUGUAAUGCAUGUCACACAUAUAUCAUAAUGUAAUAUAAGAUGGCUUCUUCUAUAUAAUUUGGAAAACUCGAAUUCGGAUUAA